AUGGAUAACGAGGACCAGAGGGACGUCGAGCUGUCCUCUCUGUCGGCCAUCUUCCCCGAGAUCCAGAGAGUCCACGAUGACGACCCGUACACAUUUGUGCUGGAUGUUCCCGUCAACCCAACAAAGGCUGUCACGGUCUUUUUUCCCGCAGCCACAGAAGCCCAAGGCUUGAACCCAGAAGCAGCCCAGGAAGCCGGCGCUGCCGUUGUGGGGGCCAAUCCAACCGGACUUGAUUCUCACGAGCUUUCCCACCUGCCUGCUGUCCGCGUACAAAUCUCGCUGCCUCCGGCAUACCCGACGGAGGAACCACCAGCAGCUAGCGUAUCAACGAAGCCAUCAUGGCUUCCCUCAGCCACGGCCAAGAAGCUGGAAGACGACUGCGCGCGGUUGUGGGAGGAGCUCGGUCGCGAUUUGGUUGUCUUCACCUACCUCGACCACGUUCAGCAGUCAGCAGACGAUGUUUUUGGGCUUGUGAGUGACGGUGCUUUGCAAAUCAGUCCUGAGCACAAGAUUGCUGUGCUUGACUACGACAUUGAAGCCAAGCGGGUCGCUUUUGACAAUGGGACAUUCGAUUGUGGUGUCUGCCUUGAUCCGAAGAAGGGGGCUAAGUGCCAUCGCAUGAUAGACUGUGGUCAUGUCUUUUGUACCGAGUGUCUACAAAACUUCUACAAUAAUGCCAUCCAAGAAGGCGAUCUUGCCGCAGUCCGAUGUCUCGAACCUAGUUGCGCAAAGGAGAGGGCUGCUGCCCAGGCUUCCAGCACUGAGAAGCGAAGCAAACCGAGGACAUUCAUCAGUCCCAGCGAGCUUCUCCAGAUCCCUUUAGAGCCUGACAUGGUGAAACGCUACGUGACUCUCAAGUACAAGACUGAGCUCGAAUCAGACAAGCAUACGGUCUACUGCCCAAGACCCUGGUGCCAGGGCGCGGCUCGAUCCAAGAAGCGCAAGAAGCCAGAAGGUUUCGAGCUGCACGAGGCCGAGGAUGAUUCCGACAGCGAAGCCGAGGAGGCGCGAAAGACAGAAGCUGAGGAAACAGCCAAGUCCAAGCCCAGGCCGUACGUUGACAGGCUUGCUGUGUGCGAGGACUGCGGCUUUGCCUUCUGUAGCAGGUGUUACCAAGGCUGGCACGGCGAUCUCGUCAUAUGCGCGCCGCGCCGCGACGAUGGAGAGCUCAGCGCGGAAGAGAAAGCCUCGCUGGACUUCAUCAGCUUGCACACGACACCAUGUCCUACUUGUGCGUGUCCUGCGCAGAAGACGCAUGGUUGCAAUCAUAUGAUCUGCUACAGGUGCCAAACACACUUUUGCUACCUAUGCUCGGCAUGGCUGGAUCCCUUGAAUCCAUACCAGCACUUCAACCAGCAGCCCAACGGCCGUGUGACUAGCUGCUACAUGCGCUUGUGGGAGCUGGAGGAGGGCGACGAGGAUGGCCAGAACUUCUUCGCUGGAGGCCGUGGCGGAGCGGAGCGGGCUCCUAGGAACGAGCAAGAGAUUGCGGAGAUCGCUCUUGAGGAGGCAAUCGUCGGGGACGAAGGAGCCCAUAACCAGCAGCAGCCUGAGCCACGACCGGUGCUCAACGAGAACGGCCGGCGAGUGGAUGUCGAGCGGGAGGGGCCGCUGGUCCUUCGCAUCGAUGCCGGGGCGGCGGCUGCUCCUGGCGCCCGCGGAGGACGCCAGCCAGCUCCGGCGGCGCAACCGCGCGGCGGCGCUCAGAUUCGGGGCAGGGGCAAUCCUAUGGGAGGAGGACGACAGCAAGCAGCUCAGCAAGGACGAGGGGGGCGAGGGAGGGGCUUUGGUCACCGUCCGAACCAGAACCAGGUACCAAACCGCGGCGGAGGGCACUUCAUGCGACGGGACCGUCACCUCGACGCGCAGCAGCAGCGCGACGAGGCCGGCCACGAGGAGAUCCAGGCCGGAGAUGCGGCCUGGAUCAGACACUUUGUGCAGCUCGCGCUCAACGACAACGAGGACCUGAUUGACCAGGACGACUAG